UUUAAAAAGGAUUUUUAGACUCAAGUGAUUUUGGGGGGGGCUCCUCCCCACCCCGAGCCCUUGCCCCCCACUCUGGCAUCUGCUUUCCUGCAGUUCACUUGAAGUGCCUUCUUGUAGUCCAAGACCAACUGACCACUGAGUGUGAGCAGCCCUCUGACAUGAUGUACCUCUGGGGUAACCAGGAGCCAACAACAACUCCUGAUGCAAUGGUUCAGCCUUUUACUACCAUCCCAUUCCCACCACCUCCACAGAAUGGAAUUCCCACAGAAUAUGGAGUGCCACACACUCAGGACUAUGCCGGCCAGACCAGUGAGCAUAACCUGACGCUCUACGGAAGCACGCAAGCCCACGCAGAGCAGAGCAGCAACUCCCCCAGCACACAGAACGGAUCUCUGACGCAGACAGAAGGUGGAGCACAGACGGACGGCCAGCAGUCACAGACACAAAGUAGUGAUAAUUCAGAGAGUAAAUCUACCCCUAAACGACUGCAUGUCUCCAAUAUUCCUUUCCGCUUCCGGGACCCUGACCUCCGGCAAAUGUUUGGGCAGUUCGGCAAAAUCCUAGAUGUAGAAAUAAUCUUUAAUGAACGUGGCUCUAAGGGAUUCGGGUUCGUAACUUUCGAGAAUAGUGCUGAUGCAGACAGGGCCAGGGAGAAAUUACACGGCACCGUGGUAGAGGGCCGUAAAAUCGAGGUGAAUAAUGCUACCGCACGCGUAAUGACCAAUAAGAAGAUGGUCACACCAUAUGCAAAUGGGUGGAAGCUCAGCCCUGUAGUUGGAGCUGUAUAUGGCCCUGAGUUAUAUGCAGCAUCCAGCUUUCAAGCAGAUGUGUCCCUCGGCAAUGAAGCGGCAGUGCCCCUGUCAGGAAGAGGGGGUAUUAACACGUACAUCCCCCUCAUCAGUCUCCCUUUAGUUCCUGGCUUCCCUUACCCGACUGCGGCCACCACGGCAGCGGCUUUCAGAGGGGCCCAUCUGAGGGGUAGAGGGCGGACGGUGUACGGUGCAGUUCGAGCGGUACCUCCAACAGCCAUCCCCGCCUAUCCAGGUGUGGUUUACCAGGACGGAUUUUACGGUGCUGACCUCUAUAUAGAAUCUGCAAACUGCUUCAGAUCAAACAGGGUGGAUAUGCAGCCUACAGAUAUGCACAGCCUGCCACUGCAACCGCAGCCACCGCUGCUGCAGCCGCUGCAGCCGCUUACAGCGACGGUUAUGGCAGGGUGUACACAGCAGACCCCUACCAUGCCCUUGCCCCUGCCGCUAGCUAUGGAGUUGGCGCUGUGGCAAGUUUAUACCGAGGUGGCUACAGCCGAUUUGCCCCCUACUGAAGUGACGUGAGACCCUGCACAUGGGACAGCCCCAGUUCGUGAGGCCUGGCUAUUGCAAUAUUUACUAGUAGAGGAACUCUAUAGCAAGAUGAAGAGGAAAAACAAACAAACAACAAAAAAAAGAAAAACACAAAAAAAGAGAAUACUUUUUUAUACCUCACUAUGUUCUUUGAAUAUGUAUUUUUUUUUCCUUUAAAUUUCUGCCUUUAAUUCUUUUGUUCCAAAGAUUGUGCUUUUUGGUUUUUCGGUUGUUGUUUUCUUUUUUAUUUUCGUUUGUUUUGUUUUUGGCUCUUUUUUUUUCUUUUUUUAAACCGUGGUUAAAAAAAAUAAUGCAUUUCCAUGUCUGUCUGUCCAUGCUUAGCUUCUUCUGUCCCUCAGGGGAGAGGCAGCGAGUGAGGAAGGAGGAACCGUGGGGGCUGGGAAAGGCAUGGCCUCAGCAGACAGACGACUCACGUGUAUCUGGUGCUGAGAGGCUGGGACGGCGAGAAGCAGGCAUAGGGGGAGGGAUGGGGACCUGUCUUCCUUCCUCUCUGCAGCAGGUUGUUCUCAGCUCCUCGGUUUCUGGCCUUCGGCAGGCAGUUCUAUUCGGCUGUGGCUGGAAUCCACAUGCUGACAGAUGAUAGGAAUUUGUGCUUGCAGAGCAGGAGAAUUAAACAGCCGAUGUUCCUCUCCUCUGUCCUCCCGUCUUCUCCGUUCUAUUGAACCAUCAUCUGGCAGGCCCGGCCUGGGUCCCUUGGCGGCGGCAUCUCUGGAAUUGGAAUAUGCGUGUUUCCAGACAUUCUCUCUGACUGCAGGUCCUAAGCCCUGGGUUUGAGCUCUUUUUCUUGUGGAAAAGAUCCUUCUUUCCUUUCGUCAGCCGGGCUACCUCCCCUCACCUCGAACCACCACCGAGUUUACCAGUCCUGUUGUUAGCACCCUGUCCCCAGGAUGCAGGAGUGUUGGACCCAGGGAUAGGGGACUAGCCUGUGGCCAGAGGUCCUCCCAGGGUCUGGACACAGUCGGAGGAAUCCAAGUGCAGGUGGUUGAGAGGCCACCGCAGCAGGUGAGGACGAGACCUGGCAUGCGAGAUGCCUGGUGGUCACUCGGCUCGAGCCAGUGGUGUGCUCGGGCAUCUGUAAAUGCAGUGCAAACACAGGAAGCCGGUGCAGCCCACAGUCAGCGACCAGCUGUCCUUGGGGAGUGGGUGUGGAAGGAGGCAGAGGCACUCCGAGCGAGCUCCAAAGCCAUAGGAACUUCCAUCGUCCGGAACCUUUGCCAGCCUCCUCGCUUCAAUCUUGAGGCUUUCUGCUGCCCACCCAGCUUCUCCUGACCCUCCACAGAGCCCCCACUGAGCACUGGACCACUCCCUAGCCCGCAGGACACCAGCCGCAGAGCCUGGCAGUGGCUUCCCGCUGACCUGGAAGGAGAGGGUCUAGAGGCCAGGAUCUGACCUGUUGGUGGGGAGAGGUGCGCCUAGCUGCUUACCUCUUUACCAGAGUAGGGGAGCGCUGCCCUCUGCAGAAGUCCCUGCUAGAGCAGAGGAAAGUGCAGUCUCUGGGUCCCUGGUCUCUUCACAUUGGUACUAGGGUGACCUUUCACCCGAGGGAGAGCUGCUAGAGGGAGUAGUUCAGAGACCCAGGCGUGUGGCUUGCUGUGAGUUUGGUUUUGUUGUUGUUUUAACUCCUGCCUCCAUGCAUCGUAACUGGUUCACAUCCCUGGAUGAAAAUAGCAGGCUCUCGACACUGUUGCAAUCCUCUGGUAGACGAGUGCCCCCGGGGAUGAGACGGCUGCUCCCAGAGACACGAGGGGAGGCCGCGCCUGGCCCCAUGCAGUCACUGUAAGGGUCCUUUCCCCACCCCACCCCGAGCCAAAGUGGUUUGUUGCUGUUAAGACAAUUUUUGUUGUUUGUACAUAAAUAUUUUAGUUAGGGGAGGGGGAUAGUGUACAGGGCUGUCACCAUUCUAGGGGACGGGAGCAGAGUGGCCUUUGUGUUCUCCCAUUUGUUUGUGUGGCGAGAGAGGGCUCUCUUACUGUCAGGCAAAGAUUGAGAUGUGAUGUGUUCAAAUAGGGGCCUUCCUCCCAAGUCAGAAGCGAGGCCAAGUUCUGCAAGGCUGUGCUCCACCGUGGCCAAGGGGGCGGGUGGGCAUCGUUCUCUGCUUUCUUCCAAGAAAGAGGCGAGCCUGCGGGGGGAGGGGGUCCAGAAGAGGCAGACGCUUGAGCAGGAGGCACCUAGUGUGUUUUUCCGUUCAAACGGCUGGCUCUGGCUGAAGACUGGGCUGGCUCCGGAUCCCCGGUGGCUUUCUGCUGCUCCUGCAGGGGGACUUGUAAGCCUGCUUCCUACAGCCCCCUGUUCUAAGAAAGACCUAGCGGAGUAAAGAGCCGCUGGUUCUCAAUGUCACUACAGACAAGCCAGCACAGCAACUGACCCUGCAUUGUGGCCACUCCAAGCUCGCAUCAGAGGCAGGCCGCCAUCUGGCAGACCCCGACUCCGGUUCUCGUUGCAUGAGAAGCCAAAUCCAAAGGACGCUCGGCUUCCUGUGGACUUGAUCAAGGACAUUGCUUGGGAAAUCCCAGGGCCCACCGGUGCGGAAUCACCGUCCGAGUGAAUUGAGAGCAUUUCUGUAGCCACAGCCGAGACUUUGAUACUAAGCAUCUUCCUUUUGGAGCCUGGCUCCUUCAAGGAGGCCUCUAGUGGAAACCCUUGAUCUGCACCCUCUCUUUCAGCCCAGAGAGCCACCCUUAGGUCUUUCCCGGAAUCCCCUGUCGUACCUGGUUCAGCACCCGUCAGCCCUAUUAAACAGUUGUGGUUCAUCAUUCUUAUGGCUCUCGGGUGUCUCAGACCCCACCCUCCCUGUCCACCAGCUACAAUCUGAAUUGAGCCAACCUUUUUUUUUUUUUUGCUUGAAAAGACUCGGGCUGGGGACGCUUCUGGAGAUGCAUUCAUUGUGUGCACGGCUCUCAGAAGUGAACCACUCCUUUAGGGCAGACUUGCUCAAGCUGGAGCCAGAAGCGAGCUCAUCCCGCCAUCCUAGGGUUGGGCGCACAGCUUCCAGACGAGAGGGAAGGGUCACUAAGGAUGGACACAGUCCCAAGCGUAUGCAAGACAAGCCCUUCCCUCGGGCGGAGGGAAGUCUGAGAAGCACUCAGACAUGCAAGAAGGGAAAGAGGAGGCGUCCGGUGGACGGUCCUCCUUCCGCCAAGGCCCGCUUCCAGAGUUGCCGGUUCCUACUCAUCCCCAAGACUCAACUUGGGGUGGCGAAGGGGUAGUGGUGUUUCCAGAGCCUAAGUUACCAGUGUGCACCCUUUGAAGAGAGGAAGAAACCCAAUCGUGGCAAGGUGAACAUGACUGCGUCAGAGUGUGUAUGUGUGUGUGUGUGGUGUGUGUCAUGCUGCUGAGCACGUCUGACCAUUUGUAGUACACACCGGUGACACACUGUUGCAUACAACACUCGGUUUUCUCGGAGCUAUUCCUCCCAGAAGCCUCUUCCCACCCCUUCCCUCUCCCCAUGUACUUCCUCCUCCUUGCUCUCCUGAUGAGCAAGGCAGUAGCCGUCAAAGAGCGAGAGACCAGAGCAGGGCCUUUUCCCAGCAGACUCUGCGUGUGUCCUCCGGUGUAGUGCAUGCAGGAGCAGACUGGCAGAUGGGCAAUAUGUGAGGAGCGGUGGGGGGUAAGGGCGAGCCCUGAAAUAUUGCCGUUGGCUAUAGCAGCGAGUUCUCACUUUCGUUACCGAAACUGUAGCCAGUUACAGUUCACUCAGGAAAACGGUCGAUCAACACAGCCAUGGUAGUGCUGGUUGGCAGGGAUCGGUAACUGAGAACUGCUGUCAGCCACAACGGAGCUGGGGGGACCCCACCCUCUCCCUUACCCUACCCCGGUUAACUGCCACCAGAUUCCUGGGGGACCAUAAGUUUGGGAAUUCUUCAAAACAGUUUUGUUGGUUUUUUUUAAGUUUGGUUUUUCUGGGGUCUGAUAAGCGUUUUAAAGCAGUGUCUAAUUCCUCCCCCUUGCUUCCCUGCCCCGCCCCCCACCCCCCACUCCCAGCUUGUCAUUUUCUUGUAUUUUUUCUGUUCAGUGUGUGUGUGUGCGCGCCGCGUGUUUGCGCAGCUCAUUUUGGCUGUAUUAUAUAUCGAGUGAUGAAUUGGUCCUUUUUUUUUUUCCUUAAAGGAUAUGAAUUGUUUCGUUGUUGUUGUUUUUAUCCCCUUUUUCUUGUGUUACCAUUCUGCUUGUGAAUAGCCGGAGCAGGCCUGGGCUGACUCGGAAGCUAGGCCUGCCAAGCUCACCAAGAGCCACUGGCGUCUGCCUGUCCCCAAAGGACAGACCGAUGCCCUGCGCCUCUGAGCUUCCCAGUCCCAGUCUCGGCUACAAUUGCCACAGACCCUCCCCUCCCCUGUCCCCAUGGCAACAUGCAGUCUCUCUCCUCCCCCCUCAUCGCCAUGGCAAAGCAGGUACCUAAGAGGCUUGGAGGGGGGCAUCAUGUGGGAUGCUUGUGUAAUUGACCACCUAGCCUUCUCCCAGAUUCCCUCCCUGGGACCUCUGAGCUGUUUGCCCAGGGUCCUGUUUCCCUGUAACUCCAGAGAAGUGUCCCCAGGCGGCCGGCAUUGUGACAGUCCCGAGCCCCAUCCCCCUCUUGUUAAGAAUCAUAUUGUAUAGUAGCUUUCAGACCAUACAGUAUUCAUUGGGUUACUCCUAUUACUAUCAAGUAGCUGGAAUUGUGAAGGUCGGAGUAGUUAGCUCUUUAGCUUUUCUUCCUUAUUUUUUGUAUUCCUCUCAUGUGUAUAAAUUAUUGAUCAUGUUGCUGGCUUUUAUAAACUCUCAGCGGAGGAGGAGCUGCUCUGCCUCUGCCUUUGCAAAUGGUAAUGAAGCACUGUUUUUAAAUAAAAGAGAGAAACACCA